GCGUUUACUUGGCCGCAGCGCAACAAAGUCGCGUUUGAAAGAGAGCGAACGAGCGAGAGAGAGCUCCCCACCCCCCCGUGUGCGAGCGAGAGAGCACGAUGCAGUAGUCUCCUCCGCGUAUGUGUUUCGUUUCAAACGUCUGCGUUCCGUCUGUCCCAGUCCGUUUUUUUGGCACUGUUGUUCAUUCGCUCAUUCACUCGUUUCUGGCGCUCGCGUGCAGUCGCUGCUCCUUCCUAACGGUUGUUUCGCCGUCGCCAGAUUACCGCUAAGGUGCGUGCGUAUGUGUGUGCGUGAGUGCUCCCCAAAAAAGUGAAACGAUAGAGGCUCAAAACAACAAAACAAAAGCGAAACGCAGCACGCGAUACCCUGUAAACUGGAGGUUCUAGACAGGAGUUCAAAAACACACUCCAGCCAACUGAAACUACAGUGCAAUAAAAAAAGGAGCGCGAGAAAUGAAAUAAAGCAAACAAAAUGUAAGCGUGAAUGAUAAUUUAAAAUAAAUACAAAGAGGAGAAAAACAAAAUUUACGCGUGGCUACAACUCCGAAACCGAAAACCCGCAGCAGGAUCUCAACGGAACUGAUCGCACUCAGCUCCUGGCUGUCUGAGUGUGUGUGUGUGUGUGCGAGUCCGUGUGUGAGAGAGUGUUGUACACCAGAGCAAAGCCAAAUCAAUAAAUAAAAACCAAUUACAAAACAAAAAAAAAGAGUUAAGAAACGAAAAAAAACACAGGAAAAGAAUUCAACCUGCAGUACGGGAAAAGACGAGCAGAAGGCAGAAGACAACGAAGAAUUGAUACGAAAAAUAAUAAGAGUAAAAAUCAUUCACGACGGCGACCAUAACGAACUCCGCCCUAGCAAUGAGCCAGCUGGGCACCGUCUACGCCACGAAGCGGAGGCGACGCAACGGCAAGAGCCUGAAGCCGCCGCCCAAGGAUGGCGUCACGAAGAGCAAUCCAUCAAAACGGCAUCGGGAGCGACUCAACGCCGAGCUGGAUCUUCUGGCUUCGCUUCUGCCCUUCGAGCAGAACAUCUUGAGCAAACUGGAUCGACUGAGCAUUCUAAGGCUGUCCGUUAGUUAUUUAAGAACCAAAAGUUAUUUUCAAGUUGUUAUGCAUAAGGAUAAGGAGGAGAAUGGAGUCCUGCCACACAUACACGCACACGAUGGAUACAGGACACGAGAGCUGGGAGCCUUCGAGCACGGCCUGUUGGAUGGUGAUAUGUUCCUCCAGGCCCUAAAUGGAUUUCUAAUGAUACUGACAUGCGAAGGCGAAGUCUUCUUUGCCACGCACAGCAUCGAGAGCUAUUUGGGAUUUCAUCAGUCGGACAUUGUCCACCAGUCGGUGUACGAGCUGGUCCACUCGGAGGACCGCGAGGAGCUGCAGCGCCAGCUGCUGUGGAACAGCUUCCUGCCCGCCGACAUGUCCAGCAUGCAGCUGGCGGAGACUCUGGCGCCGGACAAGGCGCUCUACCUGGAGCGCAGCUUCACCGUCCGCUUCCGCUGCCUGCUGGACAACACGAGCGGCUUCCUGCGUCUGGACAUCCGUGGGAGGAUCAAGGUCCUCCAUGGCCAGAACCGCAAGACGGAGGAGCCGCCACUGGCCCUCUUCGCCUACUGCACGCCGUUCGGUCCGCCGAGUCUGCUGGAGAUCCCGCACAAGGAGAACAUGUUCAAGUCCAAGCACAAGCUGGACUUCUCGCUGGUCUCCAUGGACCAGCGGGGCAAGCACAUCCUCGGCUACGCCGACGCCGAGCUGGUCAACAUGGGCGGCUACGACCUCGUCCACUACGACGAUCUCGCCUACGUGGCCAGCGCACAUCAGGAGCUUCUGAAGACGGGUGCCUCUGGGAUGAUUGCGUAUCGGUACCAGAAGAAGGACGGCGAGUGGCAGUGGCUGCAGACCAGUUCCCGUCUGGUGUACAAGAACUCCAAGCCGGACUUCGUGAUCUGCACGCACCGCCAGCUGAUGGACGAGGAGGGCCACGAUCUGCUGGGCAAGCGCACGAUGGACUUCAAGGUGAGCUACCUGGACACGGGACUGGCGUCCACCUACUUCUCCGAGGCCGAUCAGCUGGUGGUGCCGCCGAGCGCCUCGCCCACGGCCCAUGCACUUCCUCCUCCGGUGACGCCAACCCGUCCAAAUCGCCGCUACAAGACGCAGCUGCGGGACUUCCUCUCCACGUGCCGCAGCAAGCGUAAGUUGCAGCAGCAGCAGAACCAGCAGCAGACGCAGCAAACCUCUCCCUUGGGCGGCCAAGUGGGAUCUCCUUCCCCGGCGGUGGCGGUGGAGUAUCUGCCCGAUCCCGCUGCUGCCGUGGCCGCCGCCUACUCCAACCUGAAUCCCAUGUACACGACAUCGCCGUACGCCAGUGCCGCGGACAACCUCUACAUGGGCAGCUCCAUGCCGGCCAACGCCUUCUACCCGGUCAGCGAGAACCUCUUCCAUCAGUACAGGCUGCAAGGAGCCGUCGGCGGCUACUACACGGAUUACCCGCACUCCGGCGCUCCCGCCUCCGCGUACGUGGCGAACGGAUUCCUCUCCUACGACGGCUACGCCAUCGCCUCCAAGGCGGACGAGAAGUGGCAGGAGACGGGCAAGUACUACAGCGGCUACAGCAGCGGCUACGGCAGUCCGACGUCCACGCCACAGCAAAUUCCCCUCAAGACGCCGAAGUCCUCGCCGCAAGUAAUGGAGGUGAUAUCCUGCUCCUCGGACGGACCCUCGCCAGUGGGCGGUGCCACGCCCAACGGUGCCGGCAGUGCCACGCCCAAGGUGGAGCUGACCGCCGCAACAGCGGUUGCAGCAGCGGGUCAGGAUCCCUACGAGCGUCAAACGGUGCUGAUGUGGGGCACCACCCACUCGAGUGGCGUACCGCUGAACAGUCUGCAGGGUGGACGGAGUGGAACGGGAAAUCCUGGCUCUCCCCAGCGGACCACUCCGUUGACCAAUGGACUUGGCUACGCCACCGCCAACAACAACAACAACGAACACGAACCUGCAACGGCGGCCAAGUGGAACGGAACGAAGGAACUGCCGGGGAAAUCAGCGAGUGCCAGUACGCCGGAGAGCUAUCAGAUGCAGCACGACGACUCCGGGCUGUACUCCGCCUCCUCGCACACCACAUCACCCCAGCAGCAGCAACAGCAACAGCAGCAGCAGCAACUGCAGCAGUCGCAGCGAGGAGUUGGUUCCAAUGUUAGCGCCUCCAGCAGUUCCCUAACCAACACGGGCACAGAUCAGCAGGCGGUGCACCCACCCAGCUGCCACCAGCAACAGCAACAGCAGCAACAGCAACAGCAGCAACAACAGCAGCAGCAGCACCACCACACCCACUCGCAUCCCCACUCGCAUCACCAUCACCAUCACCAUCAUCACCACGAGACGACGCAUCAGCAUGGCAGCGAGAUCAUACUCACCACCCAUCAGCAGCAGCAGCAGACGCAGCAGCAACAGUCACAGCAGCAAACGCUGGCUGGUUACCCACUGCACCACCAGCUGGUGGGAGUGGGAUCGGGAUCGCCACCACCACCACCAGUGGCGUUACCUCGAUCACCCACUGCUCUGCCGGCAGUGAGCAGCCUGCUCAAUGGAUCAGCCUCGGCGGGAUCGGGAGCACCAUCGGACAUUCCCUACCAGCAACUGGCCAUCGUGUCCGCCGCUCCACUGGUGAUCUGCGCCGAGGAGGUGGGCGGUGGGAUCAGCGGAUCGCUGCAUCGGAAGUCCGCCAAGCAGCAGCAGCAAUCGCUGCAGCAACUGCAGCAGCAGCAACAGUCGCUGCAGCAGCAGCAACACGCGGCGAUCUACCAGCAGCAGCACCACCACCACGCGCAGCACCACCCGCACCACCAGCUGCUCUAUCCGGCGAACAUAACGGCGCACACGGCACUGGCCUAUGCCCCGCCCACCGCCGGAGGGGCGUACGCCGACGGUAGUCCGCUGCUCUCCUUCUCCGAGGUGACCAACACGCUCCUCAACCAGUGAAAGUCACUGGAGAAAGUGAAGGAGAAGAGCAAAUGGAAAGGAAAGGAAGGGGAACCGUUAAACAGUUUUGCCAAAAUGUGGACUAUGACUAUCGUAUCUUCCAUAAUCAGAACCAGCUUCGAAUGGAUAUAUCCAUCCGCACGCCAUUCGUCCGCCCACUCCUUGGUUGAUUCUCAAUCUAAAUCAGCAAAAAUCAGAAGCAGAAGAAGCAUCAGCAGCAUUAGCAGCAGCAGAGAGAAGAUUUCUAUUUAUUUUACUGUGAUAAUUUAUAGAUACAAUGUAUUGUAUGUGACACUAGGUUGGCCCAUUGACAAAUCCGUAAUAGCCGCAUCUUAGCCGUAUCCAGACUUCCAGGGAAUCCACGGAAUGGGUACUGCAACCUUGAUCAGCACAAAGUUAAGAGGCAGCACCACAUCGUAUUUGCGAUUCGAGGAGUUUCGCUUCGACAUUCAGUUUCAGUUGUAGUUACAACCAAAGAUUUCUCUAACUUAUAACUAUCAUUUAGCAUAAUACGAGUACGAUCCAUCCAAUUGGCUUCGGUUUGUUGCGCCAAACUUUAGUUACAUUUCAGUUGAGGAGUGAAUGCCUAAAUAGUUGCGUUUAAGCGUGCUUAAGUAGCAUUUAAGUGAAUAACAGAUGCUUGUAUCCAUAUUUAAUUGAACCCUAGACGUAACGCGUAAUGCAAGAUAAAGUAAUUUUCAUGAUUCCUAUCGUUUAGCAAGUAAUUAAAUUAAUCCGUAAGCGGAUAUAUCCGUACACACAUAUUGUAUUGUAUGUUUAAAGUUUUCUUGGAAUUUCUAGUCGCCCGCAUAAAACAUUUACGUAUAAAUUAAACAAAUACCAUAUGAUCUAUAAGUGGAUGGUAUAAAUAUUUUGCAAUUCGGCAGGCAUUACUGUAGGUAGUCUGUACUACUUGUAUGAUGAUAACCGACCAUUGGUAACCGGCAUUGAAUAAGCUAUCAAAAUUACCGCUUACAAUUCGAUGAUUACGUAUCCGAAAGUAUAAAAUAAAUUUAAAGUGUAGAUAAUCCGUCAGCUAUUUAAAGAAACAUUUAAUACAAUUUCAAUUAUAAAUUUAUAAAAGAAAACCGAGUGCAUGUAAAGCGCGCAUAUCCAAA